AUGUCGCUCUGGGUAGACAAGCACCGCCCACGCUCGCUCGACGAGCUGCACUACCAUCCCGAUCUGGGGAAGCGGCUGCGCGCGCUUGCUGCGUCGGGCGACUUUCCGCACAUGCUGUUCUAUGGGCCCUCGGGCGCGGGGAAGAAGACGCGCAUCGCGUGCACGCUGCGCGAGCUCUUUGGGAGGGGCGUCGAGAAGCUCAAGAUCGACCAGCGGGUGUUCAUGACCCCCGCGCGGCGGAAGCUCGACGUGAACAUCGUGCAGAGCAAUUACCACAUCGAGAUCACGCCCAGCGAAGUGGGGAACUACGAUCGGGUGGUGAUCCAGGAGCUCAUCAAGGAGAUCGCGCAGACGCAGCAGGUGGACCUGAGCGCGCGGCAGCGGUUCAAGGUGGUGGUGAUCAACGAGGCGGACGCGCUCACGCGCGACGCACAGGCGGCGCUGCGGCGCACGAUGGAGAAGUACACGUCCAACAUGCGCCUCGUGCUCUGCGCGAACUCGACCAGCCGCCUCAUCGCGCCCAUCAAGAGCCGGUGCCUCCUCGUGCGCGUCGCCGCGCCCAGCUCCGACGAGAUGGUGGAGGUCUUGCAGUAUGUCGCGAAGCAGGAGGCGUUCGACCUCCCGCCCGAGACCGCGCUCGCCAUCGCGGAGGACGCGGGCGGGAACAUGCGCAAAGCCGUGCUCGUGCUCGAGGCGCUCAAAAUGCAGUCGACGGACCUGUCGAAGCCGUUGGACAUCGCGAAGCCGGACUGGGAGACGUACUGCGCCAAGGUCGCGGACAUGAUCGUGCAGGAGCAGUCGCCUGCGCGUGUGAUGGAGGUGCGCGCGAAGCUGUACGAGCUGCUCAGCCACUGCAUCCCGCCGACGGUCGUGCUGAAGACGAUCGCGGACCGCGUCGUGGACCGCGUGGACGAGAGCUUGAAGGCGGACAUCAUGCACUGGGCGGCGAUAUACGAGGUGCGCAUGCGCAUCGGCAACAAAAAGAUCUUCCACCUCGAGGCGUGGGUCGUCAAGGUCAUGAGCCUCUACAAGCAUUUCUUCUAUGGCAUCGACAUGGGUGCCUUCGAUGAUAUGUAG